AUGACCAGCGAACGCGAACUGCCAACAAGGGCCGAGAUGGACACCCUCCUCAACCUCUACUUCCGGUUUAUGUACCCCUUCGCACCAAUGUUCAUCCGCAAGAACUUUAUGGAGCGACACCAACAACGGCCAGAUCUCCCCCAUAUCCUGAUCCUCAACGCGAUCUUUUGUAACGCGUGCUGGUACUCGGAUGACCCAUUGAUCAGACAGGACUCGACAAAGUACUUCAACCGGGCAAAGAUUAUUCUUGACGAGACGUACCAUGUCUCGAGGAUCAGUGCCAUUCAGGCAUUACUGUUGAUGUCGCAUCAUCAGCAUGCUGUUGGCAACUACUCUGGUGGAUGGCUUUAUACUGGCAUGGCUACGCGUAUCGCACAUGAUAUCGGCUUGCAUCGCCAGGACUUCCAGGUCAACGAGCCGAUCGAAGCAGAGAUCCGCAAACGUGUCUGGUGGGCUGUCUACAUCGCAGACCGUCUCGGGGCUGGAGUCCUUGGCCGGCCGUUGAACAUCCGCGACAAGGAGUACAACGUCGAGAUGCCAUCGGACGACUGGAUCUCCGCUGAAGGUGGGGACAAUGCUGUCGAGUACCCCUUCGAGCCCGAGAGGAUCGUCUCUAUUCGCCUGCUCUGGACCGUCAAUCUGUUCAAUCAAAUGGGCAAAGUCCUAAACACGAUGCACUGUAUUGAGGCCGAGAUCAACGGAGCCUUCUUGGCAGAUAUUUCCAAAACACAACUCCCACAGCUGCACAACAGUCUCACUUCCUGGUUCCUGUCGCUCCCCAACGAGCUCAUGUACACGCCCUACACUAUGUCGCCCAACUCGAACCACCCACCUUCUCCACCAACGGCGCUGAUGCACAUGUUUUACUAUACGACCUUAACGAUGCUCCACCGACCCUACCUUCGACCCGUCAACUCGGCAGCCAUCGACUCCAACUUUUUGGUCUCCUCCCGCAACAUUUGCACCGCCGCCGCGACUAACGUCUGUCACAUUGCGGACUCCUUGAUGCUCCAUGGCCAGCUGCGCGAUACCUGCUACUACGGCAUGGCCUGUCUCUUGGCCGCUGGAACCGUCCAUGUCCACAACGCCAUCACGCCUACCCCAAGCAACCGUGAGGCGACCCGUGCAGGACUCUCCAAGACUAUCAAGGCUACUCAUGAGCUAGUAAAGACGUUCCCUGUCGCCGAGUCUUUGAUUGCAGUGGCACUCGAUGUCUUUGCGAGCCAAAUGACUUCAAUCCCAACAGAGAUGGCGGCUUCCUUUAUCGACGUCUCGACUUUUGUCGCGCCCUUCAUCGACGUGAGCCAGCUGGCUUCAACCUCGAUCGGAAAUAUCUAUGAGGCAGCCAGGCUUGCAAAGAUGGCCAAGCAUGGACCUGGCCCUGCGCCCUCGAUCCAGCUUCGUCACCCCUAUGGCAACUUUUCGAUGCCUCUCCCGGAACAGGACGAGGACCAGUCGUCUACAAACCUUAGCUCGAUGUGGCAGAACCAGAUCUCGACUGCGGUGGCCAUGGCAGCCAUCGCCUUUGGUGGUACGGAUCCUCAACAGGAAGAGCAGCAGUUAUUUGCCAACCCGCUCGAGUUGCCUGAGGCCCUUCGAUUGGCUCCUAUAGACACCAUGACCUUCCAUACCGAUGGGUCUACCAAUGUCCUUGACUCCUUUGAUGCCGAUCCGUUCAAGUUGGCUGACCUUUCGGGAGUCACUACUACUUCGACACCCGUCACGACGACAUCAGGAUUCGAGAUUCCUCAACAGCAGGCACAGGUUCAGCACACACCAACAUUGCACUCUCAGCUCUCACAGGAUUCUAGUCUCACUACCGCACAGACCAUCAACCUGAUCCAGACCUCACUCCAAGUCUCAUCAUUGUCCUCCCAGCUGGAAGAACCACCUGUCGUGCAGAUAGAGCAGUUGCUGCACACAAUGAUGGAGGGUGACACUGCCGACCCACCCUCCCCUCCCGCAGUCUCCUCAGACGACAUGGACACCGAGUCACUGCUGUCGAACGAUACUCCCAGCCCUUCGUCAUCCCCUUCCUCCUCAGCCGGACUAGCAUCACGUCACGAUAUCUCGAUUCAAUGCGGCACUCCCACCCCGCACGAGUCGUUCAUUGCAGCCUUGGCGGAGGACACACACGACCACGGCAGCAACCUGGAUUUCUUUAUCGAUGACCACCACUACCAGCACAAGCCUUCGGAAUCGCGGUCGCCUUCUUCGAAGGACAGCAGUAGCAGCAGUGGGGGGUAUAGUUGUCAGAAGGAUGUCGAGAAGGUCAACACCUUGCUCUUUGACAACCAAGUCAUGGAGUGCUGA